UUUGGUCCCACUUGCCACCCCAGAUGACCCACACGUGAUCCCUGGGCUGUCUCUCGCCGCCGACGGGAUAGCCCACCGGCUUGUUACUAUAACCCACACACGACGAGCUCGAGAAUUCGCAGACCAGCAAGGAGAGAGGAGAUGUGAGUAGCGGUCGGUAUGCCCUCAUACUUCUAUCACCUCGCGGUUGAAGUAUUUGCUCGCCCUCAUUCCGAUCUCAGAGGCGUCAGUGCAGGCGCAGACCGACACUCUACUUCCUUGUCAUUCGACUCCGCAUGUGAAGCUCUGCUCCCAUUCCAGAAACGCCCACGCCCUUCACAGAACGGGGCCAGUCGAUACGCUCGCCAACAUCCGAACGGAAAAAGACAUCAGAGCUCAUCUUCGCCCGAUAAUUCCUCUAAUUCCACUCACACCGCCGCCACAAACCCAUCUACCCCUCACCUCUUCACAAUAUCCUCAACGAGCGCAUCGGAACUCGAGCAGGACCUUCGAUUAGACAAAGUCUCGAUCGAGUGCAUUGACAUGAUCCCCUCGGAACAGGAGACGGCUGUCUCGAACCGGACAAGCUGGCGGCCAUCCCGCGACAGCGACAAUCCCAUCGCGACCGGCAUCGGAACGGAUAUCUUGGGUGGACUUCGCACCAAAGGGAAAUACAUACCGUUGGACCAAAGCGCAUCGGAGAGCGUCUGGGGUAUAGUACAUCUUUACCGUGAUGUGCAUGAAACACCAUACCUGAUUGAGGAUGAAUAUCCUGCCGAAUUGAAAGGGUCCGCUGCCGCGGCGAGACAGCCUUUCGAUGAGGGGGGCAGUAGUCGAGCCUCGCGUCCGGAGACCAUGCCGGACGAGGACUGCACAACACUAUGCAUCCUUGCCGUUCCAUCGUACAUGUCCCCGUCCGACCUUCUGGGAUUCGUGGGCGAGACGACGAUGAACGACGUCAGCCAUUUCCGGAUGAUCAGGACGGCUCGAGCGAAUCGGUACAUGGUUCUGAUGAAGUUCCGCAGUGGGAAGAAGGCUAAAGAAUGGCAGAAGGAUUGGAAUGGGAAGGUGUUCAAUAGCAUGGAGCCCGAAACAUGCCAUGUCGUUUUCGUGAAGACGGUCGAAAUCCAAGCUGUCGGGCCGGGGACACUCUCUGAAGGUAGCAGUCAACAGAGUGCGCUUGGAUCCUCUCACAUUACCACGGCCAGUCCGGUACGCACAGCUUCCACCUCCGCCGCUCCUUCGGCCACUCUCUCGUCCCGACCCCUCGCCCCUCCCACUCCCGCACUCAUCGAGCUACCCACAUGUCCCGUCUGCCUGGAGCGCAUGGAUGAGACGACCGGGCUACUGACGAUCAUCUGUCAACACGUCUUCCACUGCACCUGCCUCCAGAAAUGGAAAGGCAGCGGCUGCCCUGUGUGUCGCUACACUCAACAUGACCUUCGUCGAACCAGCCAGGGGACGACGGCCGCCGAGGACGAGUCAGCCGAGUGUACCGUUUGCCACUCCGACAUGAACCUCUGGGUCUGUCUUAUCUGCGGAAGCGUCGGCUGUGGGCGGUACGACGGCGCGCACGCCUUCGCGCACUACAAGGAGACGGCGCACGCCUUCGCGAUGGACCUCGCCACGCAGCGCGUCUGGGACUACGUCGGCGACGCCUACGUGCACCGCAUCAUCCAGAGCAAGACGGACGGCAAGCUCGUCGAGCUCCCCGCCGCGGACAACAGCGCCCUCGACCCCCCGGACUGGACGGACGCCGUGCCUCGCGAGAAACUGGAGAACAUGAGCGUGGAGUACACGCAUCUCCUCACCAGCCAGCUGGAGAGCCAGCGCGCCUACUUCGAGGAAGUGGUCGAGCGCGCCGUGGACAAGGCCUCGCAGGCUAGCGCGGCGGCGUGCACCGCGCAGGAGGCCGCAUCGCAAGCGGUCACGAGUCUGCACCAGUUGCAGACCCAGUACGAGAAGCUCACGGCGGAGACGAUCCCGGGCCUGGAGCGGGACAAGUCCCGCGCGGAAAAGCGCGCGGAGCGGUUCGAGGCCAUGGCGCGCAAGCUGGAGAAGGAAUGGCGGGAGGAGAAGACGAUGAAUGAGAGCCUGAUGGCGCGGAUCCAGCAUCUGAGUGCCGAGGUGGAGGGCCUCAAGGUUGCCAACGCAGACCUGACGGAGCAGAAUCGCGACCUCACGUUUUUCAUCAGCGGGUCCGAACGGUUGAAGGAUCAGGGGGAGGAUGUGCAGGAGGGGACGGUCAGCGUACCUGAUCCGCCUAGUGGUGGGAAGAAGAAAGGGAAGGGGAGGAGGAAGUAGCUACUAGGUAUCUGCAUAUGGACGAUGAUUCCAUCCUUCGAUGGUUGUUUUCAGGCCUACGCUUUGGAACAACAAGGAUCCAGAUAACAUUCUUACAUUGAAUGCACAAAGGCAAGAGUCCGU